AUGUGCGAUAGUUUUGCAACCAAGAUGUUCGACGACUGCAAGGGACUGCCAGUCCCUGGCACUGGGGCCACGUUUGGCCAGUUUCUCAACAGCAAGGAGCGCAUGCUGAACAAGUCGUUUGGUGCUAUCUUUUUGGCCCUCGGAUACCGCAGCACCUCGCUCGAGAUUGUACCUGGAACGACGGGGUGUUACAAUGGUCCUUCCAAGAUUCCUCCUCGUGUCAUCUGCUGCGACCCACUCAUUCCUCCGGCCAACUGCCCUGCCGGAACUGUAGACAAUCCAAGCUAUAAGAAACUCUUUAACCGUACACUGGACAAGAAAGACUGUGCUGCAUAUGCCGGCAUAUCGGACGUUCCUGUUGUAGUGCAGCCUACUCCCACAGGCAGCCCAGGCAUGAAUGGAUUGACGGGUAGCAGUAAAGGAAAUGAUGGAAGCAGUGACACUGGUAAUGGCAGUGGUGCUAGUCCAUCUGCUAGCAGUACUAAUGGUGGUAGUGGCAGUAGCAGUGGCAAUAAUGACAAAGGGAGUGGGCGUUUUGCAGGGUCUGAUCUUCUCACCUCACGCGUGCGGCGUCUCUUCCAAGGCUUCUCAUAUCCAACAAGAUUCCGCAAGAGUUCAACGCAGUCAACGCAGUCAACGCGGCUCACUCGGCCAUCAGCGCAGUCAGCUCACUUUGGGACGCUCGCCAAUCCUAAGGCGGACGACGUGCAGGCUCAGUUCGGAAAGGACAAAAUCGUCAUCAUGAAGAUCGCGGUUCUGGGCGGCACUGGCAACGUGGGGUCGAAGCUGGCUCAGAGGCUCUGCGCUGCGGGGCAUGACGUCGUGCUGACGUCACGUAAUCCGGGGGAUGAGAAGACUGUCAAAGCGCUAGCAUAUGUGAAGGAGGGAGGCAAGGGAGCGGCAACGGCGGCAGGAGUGGCAGAGGCGGUGGAAGGCGCUGACGCUGUGAUCGUUGCCACGCCGGGAUAUGCCACUGCGGAGGAGUGGAGCAAGGUGGUGGCUCCCUUUGCGUCAUAUGCAGGGGUGGUGCUGGAUGCGUCUAACUCUUUGACUCCCUGGCCGGCUCUGGAGAUCGGUGUGGAUCACAGGAGCACCAGCGGUGGAGAGGAGCUGAAAAAGGCCCUCCCUAAUGCACAUGUGUACAAGGCGUUCAACACCGUCGGAGCAGAGCUCAUGGUGACACCAACACUGGGAGGAAAACCGGUCGCCAUGCUGUUUGCUGGCUCUGAAGAUGCUGCUGCCAAGGAGACUGCCACCAAGGUCAUCUCAGCCGUUGGAUUCCGCCCCGAGUACGUGGGGCCGCUGCGCUACGCGCGUAACCUCGAGAGCUUUGCGGAGCUGUGGGUGCACCUGGCCCUCAAGCAGGGGUGGCCGCGCGACGGGUUCGCAUUCGACAUUCAGAAGGCGUAG